AUGACCCAAGAACAGGUUCACUCAGUGGUUCAUGAGGCCAACAAUGUCAAAGCGCGGCCUACACCACAAUCGUUUUUCGACAAACAGCCUUCCAAGUCGAUUUCCUCUCUAGAUGACUACAAAACUCUGUACAAGCAGUCGAUCGAAGACCCGGAGGGUUUUUUUGGACCUCUUGCCAAACAGCACCUGGACUGGGACAAGGAGUUCAAGCACGUUAAGACUGGAUCGUUGGCCAAUGGUGACUCUGCCUGGUUUGUUGGUGGAGAACUGAACGCGAGCUACAACUGUGUUGAUAGACAUGCCUUUGCCAACCCUGACAAGACUGCCAUCAUUUUCGAGGCAGAUGACGAGCAAGAGAGCACCACUCUCACUUACGGUGAGUUGCUGAACAAGGUCUCCCAGGUUGCUGGUGUUUUGAAGAGCUGGGGAAUCAAAAAAGGUGAUACUGUGGCUAUUUAUCUCCCAAUGACCCCCGAAGCAUUGAUCGCCAUGUUGGCCGUUGUUCGUCUUGGAGCUAUCCAUUCUGUCAUCUUUGCAGGUUUCUCUGCAGGUUCGAUCAAGGACAGAGUCAGCGACGCUGGAUGUAAGGCCGUGAUCACCUGCGAUCAGGGUAAAAGAGGUGGCAAGACCAUCAACACCAAGAAGAUCGUGGACGAAGGUCUGAAAGACUGUCCUACCGUUGAGAAGGUGCUUGUCUACAAGAGAACUGGUGCUGACGUGUCAAUGACCGAAGGAAAGGACUUUUACUGGGACGAGGAAUGCGACAAAUUCCCUAAAUACUGUCCCCCAGUGCCAGUGAACGCCGAAGACCCACUUUUCAUGCUCUACACCUCCGGAUCCACGGGUGCUCCAAAAGGUGUUGUCCACUGCACGGGCGGGUUCCUGUUGGGUGCUUUCCUCACCACUAAGUAUGUGUUUGACGUGCAACCAGAAGACGUCCUCUUCACUGCGGGAGACGUUGGUUGGAUUACAGGUCACUCUUAUGCCCUCUACGGUCCAUUGGCUAUUGGCUGCGCUACCAUCGUCUUUGAAGGUACUCCAGCUUACCCAGACUACGGCCGUUUCUGGAAGAUCGUUGAGAAACACCGUGCAACCCACUUCUACGUUGCACCAACUGCAUUGAGACUGCUCAAGAAAUCCGGAGAGGCAGAGAUCGAGAAGUACGAUUUGAGCUCCUUGCGUACUUUGGGUUCUGUCGGAGAACCAAUUGCUGCCGAGAUCUGGGAUUGGUACGAUCAGAAGAUCGGAAAGAGCUUGUGUCACAUUUCUGACACUUACUGGCAAACCGAGUCUGGCUCCCACUUGAUUGCUCCUUUGGCUGGUGCUAUUCCUACCAAGCCAGGUGCAGCCACUUUGCCAUUCUUCGGAAUUGAUGCUGUCAUCAUUGACCCUGUCACUGGAAAGGUGCUUGAAGGAAACGAUGUUGAAGGUGUGUUGGCUGUCAGAUCCAGUUGGCCAUCCAUGGCUAGAACCGUGUACAAAAACCACCACCGUUACAUCGAUACUUACCUGAAGCCAUACCCAGGUUUCUACUUCACAGGAGACGGUGCUGGUAGAGAUCACGACGGUUACUACUGGAUCAGAGGUAGAGUUGACGAUGUGGUCAACGUUUCUGGUCACAGACUGUCGACUUCGGAGAUCGAGUCUGUUCUGCUUGAAAACGAGCACGUGAGUGAAUCUGCUGUUGUUGGUAUCAACGAUGAUCUUACUGGUCAAGCCGUUAUCGCAUUUGUUCAAUUACAGAACGAGUCCGAGACCAACGACGCUGAGGCCUUGACUGCUUUGAGAAGAUCCCUUGUUUUGCAUGUGAGAGGAAUCAUUGGACCAUUUGCUGCUCCUAAGAGCAUCAUUGUGGUUCCAGACUUGCCAAAGACUCGUUCUGGUAAGAUCAUGAGAAGAGUCUUGCGUAAAGUCUGCUCUGGAGAAGCCAAGGGUCUUGGUGACAUGAGCACUCUGUCGAACCCACAAUCUGUUGAGACCAUCAUCAAGAACGUGGAGGAGCAGUUUGGCGUGAAGAAUUGA